ACGCCCUCAUCAACCCCAAAAGUCCUCCCGCUCCAAUGACCCUUUCUGUUUCCGAGUUUCGUUCAUGGCAGCUAUGGGCACCGAUUCCUCUUGUAGCACUCGUCUGUCGCCUGCCUCUAAGUGCUAUCGGGCUGCUCUUCUAUCCCGAUCAGAGGAAAAAUGAUAUGAUAUUAUCGAGACAAGGCCAGCCAAGGAAAGCUCGGAUGCGAUUGUAUCAAGCAGUGACAGAAUGUAGACGAAGACUGGUACUGGUAGUAUCCUUAUCUGCGGUGCUUUUGGCAUCCAUGGAGAAAGCUCAGAGAAAAAAUGUUAAUUUUUGUAGCCUUUCUGUCAAGAACAAUACAGAGAAAGAAGGAAGAUGCGAGUUUGUCAAAGCCGGGCUCUAUACUUGAUGACAAUGUAUGAAGGGAGUUUUUCAUGCUGCCGCUGCUGCAGUUGGCCUUAAUUCAGAAUAAGGUUACCUCCAAUUGAGGAUGUGCCUCGCAAGUCUGAAAUGCAUUUGAUCAAAGAAUGAAAUGACGUGCAGCAACAGCAAGGGAGGGUAAUAUACAUAUUUUGCAUGUGCACUAUAGUUUUCAGGUCAGAAGUCUCAUAUAAUCCUUUUAUUUCGGGUCAUAAAGCUUGAGCGAACACGAAAAAGUUUCUUUAUACCGCGAGAGCUGCUGUUUGUAUUUUGUUAUGUCGGCAUAGCUAUCAAAACAGGACAUUUCAAAUUCGUAGAAACUUUGGGGCUAACAACGAAGCGACAUGAUGAGCCUUUUUUCCGGUGUAACCAAAUGAAAAAAGAGAACAAGCAGCAGGUGAACUGCACGACAAACUGGAGGGGUAGCUGUGCCUACCACAGAUUUAGUGGAACUAAGACCAUUAAACAGAUACUAGACUACAAAUUAAAUAAUUCAACGUGGAACGUUACAACUACCGUGUGGGCCAUUAAGUAGUAGAGGCUUGUGCUUUAUACGAAAUUAGGUCUUGGCCUUCAUUUUUUGAUAUGAACAAUCCGUUCUGAAUCAUUCUAUGAUGGUCUUCAUUGCAUCAA